GGAAGGGAGGCGGGGCCGCGGGGGCGCGCGCCCCCGGAACGCGCGCAGCAGCGCAGGCGGCGCGGAUCGCACACAGCCGCUCCGCCACCGGAACGGGGUCCCGGGUGUGCGUGCGGAAGAGGGCUCGGGGGACUCGGCCGCGAUGAACACGGUGCUGUCGCGGGCGAACUCGCUGUUCGCCUUCUCGCUGAGCGUGAUGGCGGCGCUAACCUUCGGCUGCUUCAUCACCACCGCCUUCAAAGACCGGAGCGUCCCGGUGCGGCUGCACGUCUCCCGGAUCAUGCUGAAAAACGUGGAAGACUUCACUGGACCUAGAGAAAGAAGUGAUCUGGGAUUCAUAAACUUUGAUGUGACGGCAGAUCUAGAGAAUAUAUUUGAUUGGAAUGUCAAGCAGUUGUUUCUUUAUUUAUCAGCAGAAUAUUCAACAAAAAAUAAUGCGCUGAACCAGGUUGUGCUUUGGGACAAGAUUGUUCUGAGAGGUGAUAAUCCGAAGCUGCUGUUGAAGGAUAUGAAAACAAAAUACUUUUUCUUUGAUGAUGGAAAUGGUCUCAAGGGGAACCGGAACGUCACUCUGACCCUGUCCUGGAACGUCGUGCCCAACGCUGGGAUCCUACCUCUCGUGACGGGAUCGGGACACGUCUCCGUUCCAUUUCCAGACACAUACGAGAUAAUGAAGAAUUAUUAAAUUAUUCUCAAUUUGAA